AUCAAUAGGUAGGGCCUUUAAAUAAUCACUAUGGCGGACUCUCCUACAAUACACUCGACUCUCUCCAUCGUCUCGGGUCAUCUCUGUUUCGGCUCCUUGCACAACAUUUGGUUCGGUUCCUCUGCUCCCUCUCAAAGCCUCCCCGUUGCUCCGCCGCAACCAAGUGGCACAGUUAGAGCCCACAGCAUCAACUACAACGUUGCCGCACAAAAAGGGAUCUGGAAUGUCUACAAACUUGUUGUUUCUGAGACAAGUGAUACAGUAGCAUGGUUCGUGGCUCACGCAGAUAUCGAUCCCAGGCAGGAAGUCGAUAAGAUUCUCCGCAUAUCUGGCUCACCUUAUGAACCAGAUCAUGGGAGCACGAUAAACAACGACGCCACUUUUCAGGCCGGAGUUUUUGUGAUUAAUCGUUAUGACUGGAGCUACUACGACAAACGGUGCUUUGAUGAGAUUGGUGAAGGCCAGGAAGAGGGCGAUGAUGAUGUGCUGGCAAACUCCAACUCUCUUGGUCUUGUUGAUCGCUCUGUUGUGCAAGAAAUGGUCCAGCGAUGGCAGGGCCAACGACCAAGCCAGCGAGAUAGUGCAGAGCAUGGAAUCUGGUUGUAUGUUCCCCAUGGAGAAUACAUGUUUGGCCGCUUUGGAUUCAAUGAUACGCACACCGCAGCAAGAUCAUUCCUGUUCUUCUCCGUACACACAGAGUUCACAAAGACAAGCUUCUUGGGCAUUCCAGGAACACUGCGAGAACACAUGACGCCUCAGGAGAGGUUUGAGCGCGAACUGCGUGAAGGAGUUGACUUCUCGGGAAUGGAGAAGGUUCAAGACAUGGUCUCCUGUCAAUAUGUUUCCCCGCCGCCAGUGUCUGAGCAGCUUGGUCCAUACGAUCCAAGCGACUAUAUUCUGAGAGAACAAGACAUUGAGCCUUUGCGAAGCUAUCGCGAGGAAUAUGUCUCCCGUAAUGGCGCGGAACCAACUAUCCAUGGGUUCAUCGAUCCAUUGAAGCAACCACUAUUAGAUCUCGUGAACGAGAUGGCCCUCAGUUAUCUCGAACAUUUCGUCCUUCCUCAUCUUGGAGGUGAGAAUGUUGCAGAAAUGGCUGAGACAUUAUUCCCUGAUUAUGAGAAGAAUAGUAGACCUAUCAGCCUAGACGUUGCCUCGUAUCGUCAUUUCACUCAGCCAGACCAAAGCCCGAUUCUAGACUUUGACAUGUCUCACGUGAGCGUUCGUCUUCGAGAGUUCCUCGAGUCUCACAGCCAGGAUAAGUCCAGGGUCUUUAAAGACGAUGCUGUGAAAGGAAUCUGUCGGGUGUUGGGCUAUAUACUCACUGAGGUAUUCGAGUUGGCUAACAAUGUGGCUAGUGAUUGCCAACAUAAUAAGAUCCUGCCAUGCGAUGUUCGUCAGGCUGUUUUGCUCGAUGAGGAUAUUCUUCGUUUGGUGUGUUUCUCGAAGAUCUUGUGGGAAGGGAACUUGUAA